CCCAGCCUCGCGCCGCCUCGGCCUCCGCCGCCGCCAGCAGCCGGACCCUGGGGUCCAGGGUGGGAGGCGGCUUCCGCCGAAGCGGACGGGGCCGCGGUGGCCCCCGCGGCUCAGCCCGAGUUCUUUUGCGAAGAAAAUGUUUUGCACAAUCUUGAACUUGUACUAUCCAUGCUGAUGGGACAGGAUCCAAUAUGAAUGUAAGUGAUGGAGGAAGACGACGCUUUGAGGAUAAUGAACACACAUUACGAAUCUAUCCUGGGACAAUUUCAGAAGGGACAAUUUAUUGUCCAGUUCCUGCCAGAAAAAACUCCACUGCUGCUGAGGUGAUCGACUCUCUCAUAAACAAGCUUCAGCUAGAUAAAAGCAAAUGCUAUGUUUUAGCAGAGGUGAAGGAAUUUGGUGGAGAAGAAUGGAUACUCAACCCUACAGACUGUCCAGUUCAGCGAAUGAUGCUGUGGCCUCGAAUGGCUCUGGAAAAUCGCAUAAGUGGAGAUGACUACCGCUUUCUUCUGAGAGAGAAAAACCUUGAUGGGUCAAUCCAUUAUGGUAGCCUUCAGUCAUGGUUACGGGUGACGGAAGAACGCCGCAGGAUGAUGGAAAGGGGAUUUCUUCCACAGCCUCAACAGAAAGACUUCGAUGAUUUAUGUAGUUUACCUGAUUUGAAUGAGAAAACUCUCUUAGAAAACCUACGAAGUCGCUUUAAGCAUGAAAAAAUUUAUACCUAUGUUGGCAGUAUUCUAAUAGUUAUUAACCCAUUCAAAUUUCUUCCUAUUUAUAACCCCAAAUAUGUCAAAAUGUAUGAUAACCACCAAUUGGGAAAACUUGAGCCCCACAUAUAUGCUGUGGCAGAUGUAGCUUAUCAUGCUAUGCUUCAGCGCAAAAAGAAUCAGUGCAUUGUAAUUUCAGGAGAGAGUGGUUCUGGGAAGACUCAAAGCACAAAUUUUCUUAUUCACCACCUUACUGCCCUUAGUCAGAAAGGAUUUGCCAGUGGAGUAGAGCAAAUUAUUCUUGGAGCUGGACCAGUACUUGAGGCCUUUGGAAAUGCAAAGACAGCUCAUAAUAACAAUUCAAGUCGUUUUGGCAAGUUUAUUCAAGUCAAUUACCAGGAAACAGGCACAGUGCUUGGUGCCUAUGUUGAAAAAUAUCUGCUGGAGAAGUCCAGACUUGUUUAUCAAGAGCAUAAUGAACGGAACUAUCAUGUAUUCUAUUACCUCCUGGCAGGAGCAAGUGAAGAAGAGAGGUUAGCAUUCCAUCUUAAACAACCUGAGGAAUAUCAUUAUCUCAACCAGAUAACAAAGAAACCCCUCAGACAGAGCUGGGAUGAUUAUUGCUAUGACUCUGAGCCGGAUUGCUUUACAGUGGAGGGAGAAGAUUUGCGGCAUGACUUUGAACGCUUACAGUUGGCCAUGGAAAUGGUAGGAUUUCUUCCCAAGACGAGAAGACAGAUUUUCUCUCUCCUCUCAGCAAUACUACAUCUGGGUGAUAUCUGCUAUAAGAAGAGGACGUACCGUGAUGACUCCAUCGAUAUCUGCAACCCUCAAGUGUUGCCUAUUGUCUCGGAAUUAUUAGAAGUGAAAGAAGAGAUGUUAUUUGAAGCAUUAGUUACAAGGAAGACUGUAACAGUGGGAGAAAAGCUCGUUUUACCAUACAAACUGGCAGAGGCCGUAACAGUGAGGAACUCCAUGGCUAAGUCCCUGUAUAGUGCUCUGUUUGACUGGAUAGUAUUUCGAAUUAAUCAUGCACUUCUCAAUAGUAAAGAUUUGGAGCACAAUACCAAGACUUUGUCCAUUGGUGUUCUUGAUAUUUUUGGGUUUGAAGAUUAUGAAAACAAUAGCUUUGAACAGUUGUGUAUUAAUUUUGCUAAUGAACGUUUACAACACUACUUCAAUCAGCAUAUCUUUAAGUUGGAGCAAGAGGAAUAUAGAACUGAAGGUAUUAGCUGGCACAACAUAGAUUAUAUUGAUAAUACUUGUUGCAUAAAUCUUAUUAGCAAAAAGCCAACAGGACUGCUCCAUCUUUUGGAUGAAGAGAGCAAUUUUCCACAGGCUACAAAUCAAACAUUGCUAGACAAAUUUAAGCAUCAACAUGAAGAGAAUUCUUAUAUUGAAUUUCCAACUGUGAUGGAGCCUGCUUUCAUAAUAAAACAUUAUGCUGGAAAAGUAAAAUAUGGGGUAAAGGAUUUCCGGGAAAAAAAUACAGAUCAUAUGCGCCCAGACAUUGUAGCUCUUCUGAGAAGUAGCAAGAAUGCAUUUAUCUCUGGGAUGAUUGGAAUUGAUCCUGUAGCUGUUUUCCGUUGGGCAGUUCUUCGAGCUUUCUUCAGAGCCGUGGUUGCUUUCAGAGAAGCUGGGAAAAGACACAUUCAAAGAAAAACUGGACAUGAUGAUACAGCGCCAUGUGCAGUUUUGAAAAGUAUGGAUAGUUUUAGCUUCCUCCAACACCCAGUCCACCAGAGAAGCUUAGAGAUUCUGCAGAGGUGCAAGGAAGAGAAGUACAGUAUAACUCGGAAAAGUCCUAGAACACCUCUUUCUGAUCUCCAGGGCAUGAACACUCUAAAUGAAAAAAACCAGCAUGAUACAUUUGAUAUUGCCUGGAAUGUCAGAACGGGGAUUCGCCAGAGCAGGCUACCAAGUAGUACCUCCUUGCUUGAUAAAGAUGGAAUAUUUGCAAAUUCUUCAAGCAGCAAACUUCUGGAAAGAGCCCAUGGAAUUCUCACGAGAAACAAAAACUUCAAAUCCAAGCCUGCUCUUCCAAAACAUUUGCUGGAGGUGAAUUCUUUGAAGCAUCUGACAAGACUGACGCUACAGGAUCGCAUAACCAAGUCUCUUCUUCAUUUUCAUAAGAAGAAGAAACCGCCCAGUAUCAGUGCCCAGUUUCAGGCUUCAUUAAGCAAGCUGAUGGAGACACUUGGUCAAGCAGAGCCAUAUUUUGUAAAAUGCAUUCGCUCUAAUGCUGAAAAGCUGCCCUUGAGAUUCAAUGAUGCCUUGGUACUAAGACAGCUUCGAUACACUGGGAUGCUGGAAACAGUUCGAAUUUGCCAAUCAGGAUACAGCUCCAAAUAUUCUUUCCAGGAUUUUGUAAGCCACUUUCAUGUACUUCUUCCCCGAAAUAUUAUUCCAUCCAAAUUUAACAUUCAGGAUUUCUUCAGGAAAAUAAAUCUUAAUCCAGAUAAUUAUCAAGUUGGAAAAACCAUGGUCUUCCUAAAGGAGAAGGAACGGCAGCAUUUACAAGACCUGCUUCACCAAGAGGUGCUCCGCAGAAUCAUACUAUUGCAGCGAUGGUUCAGGGUCUUACUGUGCAGGCAGCACUUCCUUCGCUUGAGACAGGCAUCUAUCAUCAUCCAGCGAUUCUGGAGGAAGUAUCUGAAUCUGAAGCAAGUUAGAGAUGUGGCUAUACAGAAGGAUGCUUUUGUGAUGGUUGGUGCAGCUGCCCUCCUCCAAGCUUCCUGGCGAGCCCACUUAGAGAGGCAGCGGUACUUGGAGCUUCGGACCUCAGCCAUCAUCAUUCAGCAGAGAUGGAGGGAGCUCUGUAGGCGCAGGCACAUGGCUGCUACCUGCAUACAGGCCAGAUGGAAAGGCUACAGGGAAAGUAAGAGGUACAAAGAACAAAGGGACAAGAUUAUCCUUUUGCAGUCAACAUGUAGAGGAUUCAGAGCAAGACAAAGGUUUAAAGCUUUAAAAGAACAAAGACUAAAAGAAUGCAAACCAGAGCAUGAAUUGAUGAAUAUCAAGGCAUAUGGAGCUCUGGAAAUUCAGGGCUCAGACCCUGCAGAAUGGGAGGAUUGUUCUUUUGACAACAGAGUAAAAGCUAUAGAAGAAUAUAAAUCUGUAAUGGAGAGUAAUCGAAUUAGCCGUGAAAGUUCAGUGGACUUGUCAAAAGAGUCUCCAGGCAGGUGGCAGGAAAGAGGCCAAAGCUCAAGUGGUGUGGACGUGCAGGAAGAAGUGAUUGUAAGAGAGAGGCCCAAGUCCCUGGAGGAUCUGCAUCAGAAGAAAGUGAGCCGGGCUAAAAGAGAGAGUCGGAGAAUGAGAGAACUAGAGCAAGCUAUAUUUAGCUUGGAAUUGUUGAAGGUCCGUUCUCUAGGUGCUGUGUCACCUUCAGAGGAACGUAGAUGGUCUACAGAACUGAUGCCUGACGGCCUUCAGUCUCCCCAGGGUACACCAGAUAGUGAAAGCUCUCAGGGAAGCUUAGAACUUCUGAGCUGUGAGGAAAGUCAAAAGAGCAAGCAAGAAUCCAUAAUUUUAGAUAGAGAAUUGCAAGUUCCAUCACCUAAGGUACCUAGCAGUAUAAAGCUAGAUUCCCAGGACGACACCCUCAUUGCCUCAAGUGGGGGUAGUUCUGCUCUGGUACAGAAAGGAGCACUUCCUGACUCAGAGCAUGUGAAUAAUGGGACAAUGAAGGAACAGCGGGUCUGCAGUUCAGAACCUAUCACCUGUUUACCCCAGCUGAGAGAGUCUUUUAUUUCUAAUAGUCUGCCUACGUUUUUUUAUAUUCCUCAUCAAGACCCCCUUAAAACAAGUUCCCAAUUAGACACAAAUAUCCAAAGAAACAAAUUAUUGGAAAAUGAAGAUGCACAGAGGACAGCUCUUACUUUGGAUAUAAAUAAGGAAGCUGCAAAGUACCACUUCUCAGCAGAUCAAUUGGGUUCUUUGAAUACAGAUUCUUCCAAUACUGUGCUUAGGAAAUUAGAAAAGCUGAACACAGAAAAGGAAAAACGGCAAAAACAGAUGCAACAGCAGAAUGAAAAGGAGAUGAUGGAACAGAUUCGUCAGCAAACAGAUAUUUUGGAGAAGGAGCGUAAAGCCUUCAAGACAGUUGAACAACCAAGGUCUGGGGAAUCUCUCCUGGCACCUUCUCUCUGUCACUCAAAGCAAAAAGUAGAGAGACCAUCUUCUCUCCUUAUCCUAAACAUGGCAGGUAAAGGAGAACCUGGUGAACCUCCAUCCCAGUCAUCAGUAACUAAAAGAGGUGCAGCUGUUGCCCCAAAAGACAGUUCCUCUAUUCACUUACCUCAGAAGGACCGGCCUGUCACAUUGUUUUUUGAAAGAAAAGGAAGUCUGUGCCAGUCUAGUACUGUUAACGAGUUAUCCAAAACAGAAAGAACAAGCACUCAGCAGAAUGUAGCCUGUAAACUCACGAAUAAUCGCAUUUCAAAAAGAGAACACCUUAGGCCAGCUCAGUCUUACAGCCACAAAUCCAGUGACCCUUGCAGAGAGGGGAAUACAAGGGCCAUUUUCUUCACGCCAAAGGACAAUAUGAGUACUUUCCCUGUGGACAAGGAAUCGUUACACAGUGGAAAUCCUCAAGUCAGUAAACAAGAUGAACCAGCCUGGAAACCUAAGUUCACAGGGCCGGGCCAGCGAGAGCAGGUUGCCAGACCGGCCCAUAAAAAGAAAGCUCGAAUGGCGCGGACGCGCUCCGAUUUCUUGACUAGAGGUACUUUUGCCGAUGGGGAGGGGGAUACAGAGGAAGAUGAUUACGAUGACAUUAUUGAGCCCCUUCUCUCCCUUGACCAAGCUUCUCACUCUGAGCUAGGGCCUGCAUCCAGCCUGGGUCAGGCCUCUCACAGUGACUCCGAAAUGACAUCACAGCGAUAUUCUUCAGUUGAUGAACAAACAAAGCUUCAUAAAACUUUGUCUCAAGGAGAGAUUACAAAAUUGGCAGUAAGGCAGAAGGCUUCUGAUUCAGAUAUAAGACCUCAGAGAGCUAAGAUGAGAUUCUGGGCCAAAGGAAAACAAGGAGAGAAAAAGACUACUAGAGUAAAACCUGCCACCCAAUCAGAGGUUGCAGCACUCUUUGCCAGCUCAGAUGUGAUUCCAACUCAUCAGUUUCCAGAUGAAUUAGCUCAGCAUCAUCCAACACCUCCUCUGAGUCCAGAACUGCCUGGUAGUUGCCGGAAGGAAUUCAAAGAGAACAAAGAGCCCUCCCCAAAGGCAAAGCGCAAGCGGGGUGUAAAGAUCAGCAGUGUGGCUGUGGAUUCUGUGCACUGGCAAAAUGACUCCAUCCAAAUUAUAGCAAGUGCCAGUGAUUUAAAAAGCAUGGAUGAGUUUCUUCUGAAAAAGAUGAAUGACUUAGAUAAUGAGGACAGCAAAAAGGAUACACUAGUAGAUGUUGUAUUUAAAAAAGCCCUAAAAGAAUUUCGACAGAAUAUCUUCAGCUUUUAUUCAUCUGCAUUGGCGAUGGAUGAUGGGAAAAGCAUACGAUACAAAGACCUCUAUGCCCUCUUUGAGCAGAUUCUGGAAAAGACUAUGAGGCUUGAGCAGCGUGAUUGGAGUGAAUCUCCAGUUAGAGUUUGGGUCAACACUUUUAAGGUGUUUUUAGAUGAAUACAUGAAUGAAUUCAAGACUGCAGACAGCACAACCACAAAGGUGCCAAAAACAGAAAGAAAGAAAAGAAGGAAAAAAGAAACAGAUUUAGUAGAAGAACACAAUGGCCACAUCUUCAAGGCUACCCAAUAUAGCAUUCCUACAUACUGUGAAUACUGUUCUUCUUUAAUAUGGAUAAUGGACCGAGCUUCUGUUUGCAAGUUAUGUAAGUAUGCUUGUCACAAGAAGUGUUGUCUGAAAACCACAGCCAAGUGCUCUAAAAAGUAUGAUCCAGAGCUGUCUUCUCGACAAUUUGGGGUUGAACUGUCCCGUCUGACUAGUGAGGACCGAACUGUUCCAUUAGUGGUGGAAAAGCUUAUAAACUACAUUGAAAUGCAUGGACUUUAUACAGAAGGUAUUUACCGAAAGUCUGGGUCUACUAAUAAAAUCAAGGAGCUUCGACAAGGUCUAGAUACAGAUGCUGAAAGUGUGAACCUAGAUGACUAUAAUAUACAUGUCAUUGCAAGUGUAUUCAAACAGUGGCUUCGUGAUUUGCCUAAUCCACUCAUGACCUUUGAACUUUAUGAAGAAUUUCUUCGAGCUAUGGGUCUUCAAGAGAGGAAGGAAACAAUUCGUGGCGUGUACUCUGUGAUUGACCAGCUCUCUCGAACUCAUCUGAAUACACUUGAGCGCCUCAUCUUUCAUCUAGUUAGGAUUGCUCUACAGGAAGAGACUAACCGAAUGUCUGCAAAUGCUCUGGCCAUUGUAUUUGCCCCCUGCAUUCUCCGCUGCCCUGACACCACUGACCCACUACAAAGUGUCCAAGACAUCAGCAAGACUACCACCUGUGUGGAACUGAUUGUUGUGGAGCAAAUGAAUAAAUAUAAAGCUCGCCUCAAAGACAUCAGUAGCCUGGAAUUUGCUGAGAAUAAGGCAAAGACUAGACUUUCACUGAUUCGUAGAUCAAUGAAACCUGUACUAAUUGCAGUUAGAUUUAUGAGCAUUACCCGCAGUUCAGUCUCGGGCAAGGGGCGGAUCCGCCGAGGGAACUACCCAAGUCCAUCCUCCCCUGUCCUAGUCCGGUUGCCUCCUGUGUCAGAUGUCCCAGAAGAAACCUUGAUGAGUGAGGCAGCCAUGGAGACCGAUGUCACAGAGCAGCAGCAGGCCGCUAUGCAGCAGGAGGAGAGAGUGCUGACGGAGCAGAUAGAGAGCCUCCAGAAAGAGAAGGAAGAGCUAACAUUUGAGAUGCUCGUACUGGAACCUCGAGCCUCUGAUGAUGAAACCCUAGAGUCUGAGGCCUCCAUUGGUACUGCUGAUAGCUCAGAGAAUCUGAACAUGGAGUGUGAAGGUGGCAUCUCUGAGAGAUCGGAGAGAAGCUUAGCUCUGAGCUCCCAGAAGACCGCGGGCAAGUCACGAAAGCAGCUGAGAAAGCAGCAGGAUUCCAUGGAGUCGGUAGACUCCUCCGCCUCUUCGGGUCUACCCAGCGCUGCAUCAUCUCAUGGCACCCGAAAACGAUUCCAGAUUUAUUCCAAGUCUCCAUUCUACCGAGCGGCCUCAGCUGGUGAGGAAGGACCGUUGGGCCAGACCAAAUCUCUGGAAGACAGGCCUCAGUUUAUCAGCAGAGGAACAUUCAACCCUGAAAAGGGCAAGCAGAAACUAAAGAAUGUGAAAAACUCACCCCAGAAAACCAAAGAGACCCCGGAGGGGACAGUCCUGCCUGGUCGAAGGAAGAAUGUGGAUCCAGACACUAGCUCAGCCCAGCAGCUCGCCCUCAGUGGCAAUAAUGAGUUUAUGGUCUGAGCUGACACAUGUGCGUCCCUCACGGACUUGUAAAAAAAACAAAAACACGUCUCGUCCUGGGGCCUCUUCUGUCCCAUCCACAGCAGGGCGGUGUUUUCUCAGCAUAGGGCUAGGACCUGCGUGCUGACUUCCUUGGCCUCCUGCAGAAGUGGAAAGGCCGUCUGGAAGCCUGCUGGGGUGGUGCCAGCUGUGCCUUGGCUGCUCUGUUUGAAUGAAGAGUUCACUAAACAGGCCCCCCUCCCUUCCCCGGGGGGACCCCUGGAGCUAGGGGUUGCCUGUCUCCCACCCCACCUUCCCUUACAGAGAGAGGUGCUGGACGGGAAGGGAGGGGCACUGGGGAAGCUUAACCAUGAAAGUGAAAGCCUUUGGGUUAUUUUAGUGUAGUUAGGAGCCAGGGCAGUAUGCAGUCUUUUUUCCAAGGAUUUAUAAACAGGCUAAGCCUUUAUUUUAAAAAUUUUGAAGAACACUCCACAUUAUAUUCUGGGGAAAGUAAAACACGCUGCUUUCACGAAGCCAUCGGAGCAUGUCUCCAGUGCCUGUUAUGCCAUGGAGAAGAGAUGGCUGGUGUUAUGAUAAUCAGCUCUGGUUUAACUCCUGGUUAGGUUCUGCCAAAUCCAUCGCACGGGCUCAUGUUUCAGUAGCCAUAUUGUUCUGCAAUCCCUGAUCCUAAUGUCGGAUUCCUCUAGUUCUGUUGUUCGUGCUUUAAUAGCACAGUUUUAAGGGGUCCCUAUAUGGUUUCACGUGGACUAAACUGACAGGCCGCUGCGAAGGAGCCUCUCCAGCCACGCCACUCCCGAACAAUCCACGCCACACUGCAUGAAUAAGUGUUACAGAAAGCUGCCAAGUUGGUUUUUUUGUUUAGUUUUGUUUUUUAAGUUUUUAGUAUGGCCCAUCUAACUUUUAUCUUCUUUUCCUCAGACCAUCAGUAUUAAAUAGAUGAAAAAAAAUUGAGGACUACUUGAAGCUAUUUUGUUAAUAUACUGGUUACUGAAGUUUACUGUAAAUAUAUAUGUACAGUAUGCCUAUUCUAACCUGUGCUUCCCUCCUUCCCAUGGAAUUUCUUCGUGCAGAUUGGGGGCCACUGGACAGGGGUGGACGUGACCAUGUUCUUCACCCCCCAUGGUCUCCAUACACCCGAGUUACCGGAAGCCUCCUAGCAUUUGUGGGAUUAGAAAUUGGUUUUUGCUAUUUAUAAUGUAUAUAAAACAGAACAUCCUUUCUUGAGAUAGUAUGUGAAAAUGUUUACUUUUAAAGUUACUAAAUACAUCUUUUCUAACUAUCACAUGCACUGUUCUGAAGAAGAGCCUUUGCCACCUGUAACCAGAAGUUUGGUUGUUCUUCCCUCUUAUAAUGCUUUAAAGUCCUUUGUGAAGGCAGUGUCUCCUCCCACUGCCCCACGUCAGACCUAGGUGUCAUUCUGCAUGAAGCAGGAGGAGUCUGCCCUGGCCUGGUUUGGGCUGAGAAUUGGAACCAGGCUAAGGAAGCUCUGAGAAGCUGCGAAGUGACCGUCAGUGAGUCUACCUCCUUGGGCAUGCUGUCCCUAGGAGUAGCGACCGAAGCAGGCACUUGGGAUGGCGGGGGGGGGGGGGGGGGGGGCGCUGCUUCCAUCCAGUUGUGCGCUGUUUGUUGGGUGUGCUAGGGAGGGCAGUGUACUUCCUGCCAGGUGUAUCUGCCACCCCCACAUGCUCAAGAGGUCAGAGGCCUUAGAAACUGAGGACACCCCCAUUGAAAACUUCCCUUUGUUCCAGAGAGAGUACCAGGGAAAACAUAUUCCAACACAUCUUCCCAUCCAUUCUUUGGACUGUUUUUUUUCUGUUGUUUUAUCUUUUCAUUUUGGGGACUCUGGAAGAUAAGUUUGGAACAGUUAAGAAUUUGCUACAUACAAUAGGUCACUUUCUGCAAGCUAGAUGAUUGGAUGUUGAGAGACUUUAUAAUUUUUCUCAGGGACCUAAAACCUGAAUUUGGAUAAAAUUAAAUAAAUACUUGUUUUAGUUGCUAGAUUUGUGGAUUCCUAGUCAUUUAACAAGCUGUCAGGAUGGGAUGGGGAAAGGUCCCACAAUUGUUAAGAAUCUCCACAAGUGUUCUCAGGGCCAUGGGCAUGGUUGGCCCUACAUAGAGAUGAAGCCACAACUCUCAGAACUGCCGAACCAAAUGCUCUGCUUCCAUCUCUUCCUGUCAGCACAGAGUGACAGCUGCCACACUCGCUCACAGAUGGGGCCUCCCUUCCUGUCCAUCAGCUUUGUGCCUCCUCCAGCUUCUUAGCUUUAGUCUUGCAAAUUUCUGCCCAGCUGCCUGGGGCUGCACCACAGUUGAAGCCUUAGCGCGAGUGUGGGCUGGAGCCCUGUCCCACAGUCCCAGCACUCUGCAGAGCCAGGCUUUCUGCUUGUGUCUGUGUGACCAUACACACGGCAUGGGAAUGCAACAAGGCAGAGAAGUGCCAUUUCAUUCUCCAUCUCGGGUUGAGGCAGAAUAUCAGCAAAUACAGGCUGGAUUCAGGGACAUAACAUUUUGGACCUCCUGCCAGUUAGAUGAUUGGCCACCCCAGGCUUUUUUUCCCAAAAUGUUUCUCUUUUGAUAAAGGUGAUAUACCAGAGGGGUUACAAUCAUGUAAGUCAGGUAGAGAGUACAUUUCUUUUUGGACAAUGUCACUGUAGGCUUAAAUCAUGAAGAGAGUUGUGAGCCUCAGUUAAGAGGAGACGCUGAGACCAAGGGACCAGAUACCAGAGCCCCCAGUUCCCAGCUCUCACGCUGCUGGGGGAUGGGAGUUGUGAACAUUAUUCUGUGUUCCAUUACAGGUUGUCAAGGUCAGGGACAAGCUCCUAACAAGACAAAGUGCAGAGAAGAGGUGGUCCCGACCCCUUGGUGUCUGUGAGCUGUGUGCUUCACUGCAGCGAAUGGAUGUGUGUAUCUUUCACAAGCACUUGCUGAAGUAGAAGGGAUCCACAGGGUGUGUUCAAAGCUGAGAGUUUUAGUUGUAAAGGAGCAUUCCAGAUGGCUUUCGUAUCUACAUUUUUUCCCCAUGGUGUAGAGCUAGACAUGGGAGUUUGUGGUUCCUAGUGUGCAGUGCACACACAUACAUUGUAACCACUCUCUAGCACUGUCCCCAUCACCACGCUGGCCUUGCUCUCUGUGGAGGCCCUGUCUUUUUGUGCCUCUAGAAUACUUGUGACCCAUUUUCCCUGGACCCAUUGCUACAUUGGAUCUGGUGUUAAAGGGGUAAAUGACAAAAUGAUGGUUGUGGAGAUGGGUCUGUUAGAUCUUGUUAAUGUUUUGGUUCAGGCCUUUCACAAAAGCCUCACCAAGGAGACUUGUUACCUUGUCAUCCGUCUGUCUGUCCAUCUAUCAACCCUUAAAGCCUAUUUAUCAGCUUUCUUAGGUCAUAUAAAAGUUGCACUUCUUGAACCGAGUAUUUGUAUUUAUGAUGGGAAAGGUGUGGACUACAGAUUAGUAUUAUGUUAUUUUAAUGGAUAUAAAGUAAUUUAUAAGUAUGCCGAGUGUAAAUUUUGAAAAGCCUGUAUUAUACAAGGUUGUAUCCCGUGAAUUAUAAUACCGUUUUACUGUUCAGUAGAGUAAUUCUAUAAGAAGGAGCUACUUACAUUCCUGAUGCAAUCAAGAGGCACUUUGUAAUCUCUGGGGGAGGGGGAGAAUCUGUAUAAAAGUGCAAUUGUGUCACUCAAAAUAUGCACUGUACAGCCACCCAAGAGCAGCUUGACAACAAAUCACCCCACGGCUCAUUAAAGAACAAUGCUUC